GUGCCUAACCUCUAUCACAUACCCUGAGAUGAAUAACAUGAAAAAUGAUGUAACAUAACCUCAGAAACGUGUAGUCUACAUUUCAGAGCAGUUUGUUGAAUUUCCCCUCAAGAAUCAGUAAAUUAUUUCCCCAAAACUAAACGCAAACGAUAACCAAAAGUGAAUAAUUACAUUCAUCGAAGAUGUCAAAGUCGAAAGGAAAGUUGGAUGAACAAAAAAUAGGAAAGCAAGAGGUUCUCCAGGCUCUAGUCCUCGCUGAUGACUUCGUCACAAGUUUAAAUCCAAUGCAGAAUAUUUAUCCAAGUAUAUUGACUCCAGUUGCAAAUGCUCACCUCCUGGAUUAUCUUAUUGAGACUCUCAUUCAGUCCGGGGUGCAAGAGGUUUUCCUUUACUGCAGCAAUUUCAUCGAUCACCUUCGAAAAUACGUAUCAGACAAGAAUUACACAGACAUAUCAGUGUCAUUGAUAAUUUCCGAUGGCUGCAGAUCUCUUGGGGAUGGCCUCAGGGAUAUUGAUACAAAGGGAAUAAUCAGGGGUGAUUUCAUUCUUGUUCGUGGAGAUGCGUUUGUCAAUGCUGAUCUGACAAAUCUGAUGGAUUUGCACAGGGCUAGAAGGGAAAAGGACAAGGGAUGUGCCAUGAGCCUCGUUCUCAGAGAUCUAGGGUCCACCAAUGAGUCCCUUUUGUUCAAAGAAAUCUGUCUAUUCGUUGCUGAUAAACAGAAGAAAAGAGUUUUGUUCUACAAAAAACCGGAGAUGGAGGAGAAGAAAAUUAAAUUUGAGCUGGAAUGGUUCUUGGAGCACGACCAGAUUGAAAUUAAUUCUGGAUUUGUCGAUACUCAUGUUUACAUGUGCUCGGCUGCUGUUCUCCCACUUUUUUCUGAUAAUUUUGAUUUUCAGACCAUGGAGGACUUCAUCCGAGGUGUCCUGAUGAACGAAGAAAUCCUUGACUCUCGAAUCUACUGGCAACCAUUAAAACCCCACGAGUACGGUCUCCCCAUCACCUCCUGGUUAGCCUAUCACACAUUAUCCCGAGAUAUUCUUCAGCGUCAGGCUUAUCCCCUGGCCCCCGAAGUCCUUCCUCCCCUUCGAGGAAUAGUUCACUCCUCCAGGAGUACCUACAAGCACAAAUCAGCGUGCCUAGCACGAGGCUGUAUCCUCCAAAAAGAUACAAUCGUAGGAAAGAAUAGUAUUCUCGGUAGCAAUACAAAAAUUUCGCGCUCCGUAAUAGGAGACAGCUGUCAAAUCGGUGAAAAUGUUGAAAUCGAAAAUUCGUAUCUCCUCGGGGCGGUGACAGUUCAUGACGACUGUCGAAUCAAGGACAGUGUUCUUUUUUCAGAGAGUUAUCUCCAUGAAAACGUCAACCUGGAUGGAUGCAUUGUAUCUGCAGGCGUGAAACUUGCCCCAAAAACUUCGUACACCGAUGUAAUAAUCCAGCAUAAUGACGGUAAGGUGGUGACAAAAAAAAUGUCUGAGAGAAACGAAGAGGACGAGGAAUUGAUCUAUUUCAAAAAAAGUCUGUUGAAAAAUAGUGAGGAUCUCUCAGACUCUGAGGAAUCAAGCUGUGAAAAUGACUCAAGGGCAGAAUCUCCUUUGCCAGAUGACACCCAUAUGUUCCUCUCUGAAGUAAUCGAUAGCCUUCUGAGAGGAUAUCAGGACAAAUUGAAUUGUGACAAUCUAAUUUUGGAAAUUAAUUCGUCAAGGUACGCUUACAAUGUCAGUAUACGCGAAGUUACCUAUAACGUUGUCAAAGCUAUUUUGAUGCUACCACUGUAUUAUCUCAGUGAGACCAAAACCACUUCAAAUACUGUCAAUUAUCAAAAAACACUCAGAGUGAUGAUUGGAUACUUCAAUGCAAUUUUACAAAAUUAUAUAAAAACGGAGGAUGCCCAGGAAGACUGUCUGAGAGCAAUUGAGGAUGUAGCAGGAAGCACAAACGAGUUCUUGGCGUUUGUUCACCACCUUCUACAUCUUUUUUAUGAUAAAGACAUUCUCAGCGAGGAGAAAAUCCUUGAUUGGUACCACCAGGAGGCUGAAGACGGAGACGAAGUGAUUAAUAUCAAGGUCAGAUCUAUAGUCCAGCCCUUUAUAAAGUGGCUCCAAGAAGCUGAAGAGGAUUCCUCUUCUGAGGAUGAGGGUUGAAAAAUAAUACAACUCAAUUUUUCGUAAUA